AGGACGAAACCAUGAGCAUACAAACGAAGUUCGAUGGCAUAAUGAAACAUCUUGGAUGGAAGCAAGGUGACGAAGAUGAAAACUGGGCGAAGAAAGCGAUAGAUAACCUGAUGAAGAAGCUACUGAAGCACAACAAAGAUGCCUUGGCAAAUUUGGAGUUUGCAUUGCAGUGCCAAGGGGAACAGCCGACGGAAUGCGUGACAAUACCACGAUCUCUGGAUGGGCGAUUACAAAUUUCACACAGAAAGGCACUGCCUCAUGUGAUCUAUUGCCGCGUGUACCGAUGGCCAGAUCUUCAGUCACAUCAUGAACUCAAGGCUAUAGAUACAUGUAGGUACUGCUACGAUUCGGGUCAAAAAGAGAUUUGUAUCAAUCCCUAUCAUUAUCGUCGAAUCGAAAGCGAUGGAGUACUUCCGCCUGUUCUAGUUCCCAGGUACUCGGAGUUACCACCACCAUCAAUCCCCCCUGAAAUUCGAAGAAUGCAAGCCAUGGAGGCUUCGGGUUCGUCGAUGCCACAGAACGUGGAAAUUGCCGGAUUAUUCAAUCAUUCGCAGUUCAGUCAGAUGCAGGUAGACGAGGCUGACGGAUACAGCUUCUCACCAAGUGUUCCCACAGUUGCAGUUCAAUGUGUCCAACCAGAACAUUGGGCGACUAUCAGUUACUACGAGAUGAACACGAGAGUCGGAGAGCAGAUACGCGUAACAUCAUCACCAAUAUUUAUUGACGGAUACACGGAUCCAACCAAUAAUCCACAAAAAAUCAGCUUAGGACUAUUCUCGAAUGUUAACAGAAACCCUCCUAUUGAAAACACUAGACGUUUGAUCGGAAAAGGGGUAAAGCUCACCUAUGUUCGACAUCAAGGCACGUUAUUUGCUGAGUGUGAGUCCGAUUCGGCCAUAUUCGUGCAAUCACGAAAUUGCAAUUUCAUACACGGCUUCCACCCGACCACUGUGGUGAAAAUCGCAAACAAAUGUUCACUCAAGAUCUUUGAUGAACAGUGCUUUAGGACGCUUCUUGCGGACUGCUCCACCCGAGGUUUCGAUGCAUCAUAUGAGCUGACAAAGAUGACAAUUAUACGAAUGUCAUUUGUGAAGGGUUGGGGAGCUGAGUAUCAACGAAAGGAUGUCACAUCUACACCUUGUUGGAUCGAAAUACAUCUCCAUGCGCCGCUAACGUGGCUCGAUCAAGUUCUCAAGCACAUGACACCACCGCCGAGGCCCAUAUCUUCAAUAUCCUGACAUAUCUGUGUUCACUUAGUGUUGUCUCCGAAAAAUGAAACUAAUGCAAUUAGAC